UCAUGGCCCCUGAUAUUACGCCAGGAAUAUACCUUUUCAACGCCUUCGGAAUAUUUGCUGAGAGCGCGUCCACUCUUCUGGCUGCUCUUAAAGACCUCGAUGACUACGAGCGCUACUCAGUGUGACACUCCCUGUCUCAUUUUCUGAGACUCUAUUUGUGUCUCUUUUAUAUCUAAUUUCCUAAUCAACAAUGCACUCGUUUAGCCUUUUGGCCGUUACGGCCCUCACAUUCGCUUCGUUCUCGUAUUCUCAGAAAGUUAGCCCCAAUGGACGAUGCGGAGCCCAGUUCGGGUACACCUGCCAGGGCUCGUCGUAUGGAAGCUGUUGUUCUACUAAUAAUUGGUGCGGUGUGACCAAGGACCACUGCGCAGUCACAAAGUGUCAAUCUCAAUAUGGCACUUGUGACAAGGGUGGAAAUACUCUUCCGUCCCCAGUUCCUUCGCCGGCUACCGUGUCAAAGGAUGGAACGUGUGGUGGCUCCAAGGGAUAUACCUGCUCAAGUUCCGCUUUCGGUAACUGUUGUAGUAAGUAUGGAUGGUGUGGAAGCGCAAGCGUACACUGCGGAACUGGCUGCAAAUCCGGCUUCGGGAGCUGUUCAUCAAGCCCAUCUUCUUUGGUUCGAUCAAGCACUCGAUCAAGCUCCUCCCAGCGUCCUUCGACCUCUGCAGGAAGGUCAAGCAGAAUUGUUUCCGCGGACGGGCCCAGUUCGACAUCAACACGCCCCUCGUCCACUCGUAUUUCCUCCCUAGCAGCGCCGUCGUCUACCAUCAAGGUCACAAUAGAUGGACGAUGCGGCACAGGCUUCGGCUUAACAUGUCAAAGUUCGAAUUACGGCGACUGCUGUAGUCAGCACUCUUACUGUGGAAGUACAAGCGCUUAUUGCGGUGAUGGAUGUCAGCAGGGGUUUGGAAAAUGCAAUUUUAAUGCUGCGUCUUUAUCCUCUCGUCCUCUAUCAUCCCCGCUAUCCUCUAGCACUUCUCUGGUUCGCUCGAGUACUUUAGUACAGUCAUCGAAUACGCUAUUACGAUCAUCGAGUAUCUUAGUAUAAUCAUCAAGUACCUUAGUACAGUCCUCGAAUACUCCAUCGCGUCCUUCGACAAGUCUUUCUUUACAGAGC